AUGACUGGCGUCAACGUGAUCGGAUACUACCAAACCAUAAUCUACAACGCUCUAGGAAUCACCGGUAGCCGCAACAUCCUCGUAGCAGGAAUCUACAACUGCGUGGGCCCGAUCACAAACCUAUUCUUCAUCAUCUUUCUACUCGACCGCGUGGGCCGUCGCAAGCCCAUGAUGUUCGGCGCGGCUGCGAUCGGCAUCGUCUUGAUUUGCUACACUGGAUUACACUCGCAUAACGAGGACGGAGCACGGCGUGGCUACAGCAUCGGCGGUGUCUUCUUCAUCUUCUGCAUCACGGUCAUUUUCUCUCUAUCUUUUGGUCCCUGCAGCUGGACCUAUAUGGCCGAAGUCAUGCCAAUGCAGAUUCGAGGCAAAGGAAACGCAUUCGCCACCGGAAUCGGAAACUGGACCGUCAGCACCAUCUGGAACCAAGUGUCUCCGAUUGCGCUGGAGAAAAUCCAGUGGAAGUUCUACCUUAUAUUCAUCAUAUGGAAUCUCGGCGUAACCCUCCCAACAGUCUACUUCUUCUUUAAAGAGACCAAGCAAAAGUCCCUUGAGGAAAUCGAUCUUCUCUUUGGUGGACGUGCCCUAGGCAGCUUGCCUGAGGAUGUCACUGCGAAGGGAAAUCUGGAAAUGGCCGAGACGGAGGUGGCGACUGCUAAUGUGGAACAUAGUAAGGUGUGA